UCGUGGAGUGCUGGGAGGAGAGGGGGUUUGGUGUGGAAGCAGCAGAAAUGGCCAGCAAAGUGUUGGAUCUGUUAUACUGGCGGGAUGUGGGGACCACCGGGCUGGUGUUUACAGGUUUGGUUGUGGGUUUGGCUUGUUUGUUCCAGCUCAGUGCCAUCACGAUCCUGUCCAACCUCGGUUUGGGCAUUAUGGCCUUCACCCUCCCUGUACGCUUACUCUACAAAGCCAUGAAGCUUGUCCGCCUCAGUGAUGGAUCUCAUCCCUUUCAGUCAUAUUUGGAUGAGGACUGUACGCUGACAGAUGAGGACACAGUUCGCAUGGCGGAACAAAUGGUUCUGCUGAUUGCUACGACUGUCACCGAGUUGAAGAGGCUGUUCUUCAUAGAUAGCAUCAUGGACUCAGUGAAGCUUGUUGUGUUCCUGUAUUUGUUGACUUAUGUGGGGGUCCAAGCCAAUGGUCUCACGCUGGUUAUGACAGGUGUGAUAUGUGCUUUCUCUCUGCCACUCUUAUACAGACUUCAACAGGCAAGGAUCGACAAGAUUGUCAAAGCCAUCAAAAAACUUGUGGAAAAAGUCACAGAAAUAGUUGAUCUUGUGAUUUCACUGGCCAAACCUCCAGCAGCCCCAGCACCUUCCCCUGCCCCCACACCAAAACAUAAACAGAAGACUAAAUGAAGAGGAGGGAGAGAGAGAGAGAGAGAGAGAGAGAGAGAGAGAGGGGUGAGGAGCAGAAACGUGGAGUACACU